GCUUUAUCUCUUCCAUACAGGCAGCGUAAGCUAUAGCGGAAGAAAUUCUUCCGGGUGGCAACCCGUAAAUAGGAGGACUGCUUUUCUAGGAUGCGUCAAUUUUUGCCGAAGCUGCCAUCUCUGUUUUUGAUAAAACGGAAGGGAUCAAAAAGUAAUCUUUGUAACCAAUGUCUGUACGAAUAAUACCUCAAGCUUUACGAAAAGCCGCCUUCAUUUCCAUAAGGCAUAACCCCACUGCAUAUGGCGUUAUUGUUCGACAAUCUCGCAAUCUACAUUUCACACGAUCUCCUCCAGCACUGAACCUCCGGCUGAGUCAAUGGACAGGGCAGCGCAUGCUGACCACUUCUACCAAGCCAAACGGAUCCGCAACUACAGCUAUUCAUAAUACCGCAGUUAUACAAGAGAAACAACCGGGAAAACUUCGGCAAUUGAUGAAGCAAUAUGGUAUACCUGGUAUUGCUGUCUAUCUGACCCUCGGAAUGGUGGACCUGGGAGCCACUUAUUUCACCAUACAAAUGGUGGGUGCUGAAAAGGUCAAGGAGUUGGAAAACUGGGUUAAGAGCUCAUUUGGUCGAUUUGGUGUUUGGAACAAGCAGAAUCCUGAUGAACCAGAUACAACAGCAACCACCCUUGGGGUUGGCGGUGUCCUAGGCGAAUUAGAAGCUGAAGUUACUGCAGAAGGAGCAAAACCAUCCAUGGCAUCCAUUUUCAUUUUGGCAUAUGGAAUUCACAAAACCGUCUUCCUUCCAUUCCGUCUAGGUGUCACUGCCGCAAUCACUCCAUGGGUAGUUCGACGAUUAGGGGCCAUGGGUUGGAUUGGCCGAAAGGCACUGUAGAUUAUGAUACCGUUAAUAGUUUUUAAAAUAAAAAAUCAAAUAGAAUAGAGAAUCCUGCCGCGAGAUGGAUUGAUUGAA